AUGUGGGAGAUCUCAAGUGGACAACAACCGUUUUAUGGGGAAGAUUAUGACGUAAGUUUAGCCUUGGCUAUACUUUACGGAAGAAGAGAAAACGUUAUUGAUGGGACUCCUAGUGCAUAUAGUAAUUUAUAUAAAGAAUGUUGGGAAGGUGAACCAAAUGAACGUCCAGAUAUACAAAAAGUAGUUUUAAUUUUUAACUCAAUAAUUUCUCCCGAAAGGAAUGAUACAAUCAUGGAUAACAACAAUGAAGAAAUAAACAACUGUAAAAUGAAUGAAUUAGCUUCAAAAUCAUGCGAGUUAACGAUGAAUAAUUUUAUGAUUGUUCAUUAA